AUGGAGAGUGAUACACAAUCAGUUUUCAGCCAUCAUGCUGCUCCACCCGUUUUUGAUGGCCAAAACUAUCAAGCAUGGGCUGUUAGAAUGAUGGGCUGCUGUAGAAGAAGAUUACGACGUUCAACCGUUGCCUGCAAAUCCAACGGUGGCACAGAUAAAAAAUCACAAGGAGAGAAAGACAAGGAAGUCAAAAGCCAUAUCUUGUCUUUACUCUGCCGUCUCAAGUACCAUUUUUACCAGGAUCAUGAACCUGAAUUCAGCCAAAGCCAUAUGGGAUUAUUAUGGGAUUAUCUCAAAAAGGAGUCAGCCAAGGGCAAUGGCAAUGAAAGAACCAAGAACAUGCAAAUUCUCAACUUGAUUAGAGAAUUUGAGAUGGUAAAGAUGAAGGAGUCGGAAACAAUUAAGGAUUAUUCAGACAAGUUACUAGGCAUUGUCAACAAAGCAAGGCUGUUAGGUAAGGAUUUUUCUGAUGACAGAAUCAUCCAAAAAAUUCUUGUUACUCUUCCUGAGAAAUAUGAGUCAAAAAUCUCUUCAUUAGAGGAGUCUAAGGAUCUGUCAAGCAUAUCCUUGGCAGAGUUGGUUAAUGCUUUGCAGGCUCAGGAGCAAAGAAGAAUAAUGAGAAAAGAAGGAAUUGUGGAGGAUGCUUUGAAGGCUAAAUCUGAAAGUUCAGGAGGCAAAGACAAGAAAUUCAUGGAGAAAUAUAAAAGCAGCAAGUCCAGAAAUUUCAACAAAGGUGCUGACAAAGGUGCUGGAUCACCUUGUACACACUACAAAAAGUCAAACCAUCAGUCUAAGAAGUUGGUGGAGGCCUGA